AUGAACCCCGCUUGUACCUCAGCGGACUGCGAUUUAGUUCCAAUAUCCAACCAAGAGUGGGAAGAGGACUCUGCAGUUACACCAACACUUCGUGGUCGUCAUUUGGCCUCUCAUCAGCUCUUUGAGGACAAGGAGGAGAAAGAGUAUCAGGGGGGAAAUGACGCUGAUCUCACGCUCAGCGGAAGGGCGGAUGGGAAAUCAAUCAAAGUGUACGAGCUUGACGCAGACACUGGGAUAGAGGAGUGCGCAGAGCUUGAGGAGGCGUGCUUGUUCAUGCUUGGGGAUAUGCCGUGGGAAGAUAUUCAAUUGCAAUUUGGCUCGCCUCAAAUAUCUGGUAAUUUCUCUCGUGAGGAACGCAUUUGCUAUGAGGAAAUAGUUGAAAUGUUUAACCUUGCUGAUUACCAAUUGAAGGACGUAACUGUUUCGGAGGAGGGACUGCAGUUUGUUGUGGAUCAUUGUAGGCGAUCCAGGCAAGGUUCGAAGAGGGAACACGUUUCUGAGGAGCUUUUUGAGGAGGAAGGGGUUGGAAACAGGAAAACGAAUUCAACUACACCCGCUAGCUCAACGCAAGGAUCUGCCUACACCAGGAGUGGGAGGGUCCUCGAGAGAAUGAAAACAUAUGAAAGUCUCUCCCAACACGCACCAUCAUCAGCAGAUUAUCUUCCCAUGGGCCCACCUCGUCCUAGGCUACGUUCAACGAGCAGAGGCAUCAUCUCUGAGAAUGGUGUUGUACGGAAGGUUAAAACUGUGGGGAUAUUAUCUUUACGCUCGGAAUUCACGAAAGGCUGUUCAGGGUGCAAUGAAUGCGACGAACAUCCCGAAACCGAAGCUGACGCAGGGCGUAUGAAAGCUCAGAAUUCCCUGUACUAUUUCCCGAGCAAUCCCUCUAUCGAAGACCUCACAGAUCAGUCAUUUGCCACUGCCAAUCAGUCAAUCUCGGCGAGCGAUGAGGGCUGGAAAACAAGGAGCGUUAUAAGUGCUUCACCGACUGGAGCCUUGCCUGUCUCCUAUAAUACAAGUUGCCAAAUUAAAAACACGCAGCAUGAGACUAGACGCUUGACCUGCCCUCAUCUACAGAUAGUCACCGAUCCCCUACUUCUCAAUACUCCCUCAAGUCCCCUCGGCCAUUUGAAGAAUAUCUCGCUCGAGAAUCUUGGUACUGUGAACCGAAGAAGCAAAGUUCAACGAGGCUUUAUAAUCCCUGACGAUCCUGCAAGCACUGAGUCUGAUCUCGGGGACAGCUUGAGCGAGGGUUCAAAGAGGCUUUCUCGAAUGCAAUCGAUAUUCGCUUCAAGACAGCUCAAUAAACGUAAAUCUUUCGAGGAAGCUCCAUGCUCUCAAGAGACUACGAACACUCAGCUAUCUAGAACGGAGUUCGAUACCCAGCUUCACGAAAAGCUAUACAGCAGGAAUGAAGAGGAAUAUACCCUGGCCGCGAGCAUGUACGAAAUGACUGGACGCAAAUAUCGCUCUCACUCCCGCUCCUCUUCCAACCAAUCAACCAAAUCCAACCGAUCAAUGAUUAUGGAGGUUGACCCAGAGUUACUCGCCUGGAUGAAGAAAGAGGUCUUGACUGUCAAAGUUAGGAGAGACAGCGAGGUGACUAUUUCCGAUUCGAACUCAUAUGCAGAUAGCCGCCGGAAUUCCCGCUCUCAUCUCAGUGACCAGUCUUCCACGACACCUGUCUCUAUGUGUCAGUCUCCUCAACAUAGCUUCUCCGAUGCUGCGUUGGCAAUAGCCAUGAGAGUUCCGAAUCCGUCCCGUUUACCUUCUGAAAGCGGUGAGAACGUCAGGCACUCCGGAGGAUAUUUCAGCUCUUCGCUUUCACGCUCAUGCUACAUGCCUAUGUAUUCCGAACAGGAUUACGAGACAUGCGCGAGGAAUGAUGAUGCGGAGAGCGCUGUUGCUCCUACCAGAGCCUCCGCCGAGAGGAUAGAAGACCCAAACAGACGUCUAGAGGGAACUACAGAUGGGAUGGAUGCGAACGCUGAUAGCUUGAAUGGAAUGGAAGUUGUCUCUUGCGCCCUGAAUGGUGUUUCACUUGGAUCAGGUAUCAAGGCGCCGUGCCAGAUGUGCAUGACGGACCGGCCUCAUUGA